AUCGAAUAAAAACAAAACAGAGAAAACCAAUAGCAACUUUACAGAUCAAGUGUCAAAUGUCAACAUGACUAUGUGGAGGCAGCCGGAGGCGAUUGUUGUUACAUCGACACUGGAGCUGUAUCAACGAGUGGAAAUGGUGUCCGUCUAGGUCAAAUAACUUCUUCGUAUUCUAUUUCAUCCUGACACAAAACGGACGAGACAAUGGCACGAAACGUACUGCAAAGUAGCUUGCAGAGUGCAUCCUUCAGCAUCGUAUUUCAGAUUUUUUGCCGCUGUGUCACGUUCGCCAUAAAUGCCUUCAUUGUUCGUACGGUUGGCCGAGAUGUACUCGGGAUCAUGAAUGUGCGGCUGCUUCUUCUGGAGAGCACUCUACUAUUCCUGUCAAAGGAGGCUAUCAACCGGGCGGCCCUCAGUUCCACCACGCAACAUCACAGCAAAUGCAGUUGGGCGCAGCUCAUUAAUCAGAUGUGGCUUACUGUCCCCAUCUGCACAGCACUUUCCAUUCCAUGCCUUUACAUUUGGCUGAACCUUUUGUCGCCGGUAGAGAACCAUCUCUGGACACAGUACAAAUUCGGAUGCCUAGCGAUGACCAUUUCCUGUAUUCUGGAACUCUGCGCAGAGGCACCUCUGUUUAUUGCUCAAGUUUUUUGCUUUGUCAAGUUGAAGGUGGUACUGGAUACCCUACAUAUUUUCGUGCGCUCGGUGGUGUUCAUCGGCAUCGUACUUAAAAAUCCAGAUAUUGCGAUCUACGCGUUCGGAAUUGCGCAGCUGGCCAGCAUAUUUGCAAUAGUUGUGGGCUACUAUGCAUACUUUUACACAUACAUUUCCAAGAAAGAUGAUGACCCUUCUCGUGAAACUUCGGAGGAUGAACCCGAUAAGGAGCAUACCCUUGCCGAUAAAUUCCCUCUGCAAUCAGUGGCCGAGCUAUUGCCUGGGGUUUUAAGAAAUAAGGAUAAGCCAUUCAAUCCAGAACUACAAACUUUGACGUUAAGUUUUGUGAAACAAGGCGUAUUGAAGCAAAUAUUAACGGAAGGAGAAAAAUAUGUAAUGUCCGUAAGCCCAGUUCUUACCUUUAGUGAACAAGCAACAUACGAUGUAGUAAACAACUUGGGAAGUUUGGCGGCAAGAUUCAUAUUUCGCCCCAUUGAGGAUAGCAGCUAUUUCUAUUUCACGCAAACUAUAGCGCGGGAUGUAGAUUUGAAGAAGCAGAACAAGAUAAAAGUUUUAGAGGCCGCUGAAGUGCUCAAAACGGUGUGUAAGACAGUUAGUUCUGUUGGUUUGCUGGUGUUGGUCUUCGGACAAUUUUAUUCUGGAAUUUGUCUAUUGUUUUAUGGAGGAGCCGACUUUGUAGCUGGAGGAUUGCCGGAGACUCUGCUGCGGUGGCAUUGUUUGUCUAUAUUAUUUCUAGCUGUGAACGGAAUAACUGAAGGAUACAUGUUUGCUACGAAUACAAGCAAAGAUAUAGACACAUACAACUAUUACAUGGCAGUAUUUUCAAUUAUGUUCCUAGUUUUGUCAUAUGCAUUCACAAAUGUGUUUGGUCCAGUUGGUCUGAUUCUAGCAAAUUGUCUCAAUAUGCUAUGUCGAAUUUCAUAUAGUACGUACUUCAUUCAUAACAAAUAUAAAGACAUCAAUAUAAACCCACUGGAAGGGAUUAUACCUGGAAAAACCUUUGCGGUUGCAUUAAUCUCUUCAACUAUUAUUCUAACCUUCGCAAAGAAUCGUUUGCUCGAUUAUUCCAUUUUGUAUUUCUUCGCAUGGGGCUGUUUAUGUGGCGCCUUCACGCUGUUAGCUUGGGCAUUUGAAAAUAGAACACUAGUCAAACAGUUAAUCGAAAAGUAUGGAUCGAAGUUAAAGAAAACUUAGUUCUAUGUGUUAGUUAAAGAGUAUUGCUCAAAACAGUUCUCUGUAUGUUUUGCCCAUUUUAUCUAUUACUGAAUUUAAAAUGUACUAACUAGUCGUAAAGUAUAUAUUUAAUAAAAAAGACGCACAUAUUUAUAAGAGAAAA